UCGAUAGUAAAUUGAUAUAUCGCUAUCAGCUUGAUUGGUAUACUGGCAUUUUUCAACACCGGGAACUGCGAUAAUACGCUGUGGUGGUCGACCAAUAAAUUGUGGUGGUCAAAAGCAAAGCAAAGAGUACACAUAAAACGAAAACGGAGAUGUUAAAAAUAAUAUAGAGAAAACGGAAACAGUAAUUUAAAUUGCGAGUGGUAAUCAAGCGGAUUAAGCGUAGUUAGAGUCCACAACUAUUUUGGUUUUCGGUAUCACAACAACAGCAAGAACAGCAGCAAUCAACUACGCACCGACAGCGGACACCAACACUAAGAACCAUCACACCGACACUGACACCGACGACCGACGUGCGAUUAACGCCCUCCCAACGCUCCGCACUUUUGGCACCCGCACCCGCACUCACACACGGUCGCACGCACACGCAUACACCUUUCAGUACACACAUUCAUCAUCAUCAUCAUCAUCAUCAUCAUCAACAACAACAUUUCACAGGCGAAGGCAGCAGAAGGCACAUAAACACACUUAAACACUUAUCUAUAUACCGCAUUUAUCAACGCCGCCCGUCACUGCCGCCGCUGCUGACCCACCAAACACCUCCCACCACCCAGCACCCAUCACCCACCAGCCCCCAAAGCCCUGAUCCAUAACAUCAACUUUGUUUGCUAUUGUUGUCUGCUGCUGCUGUCAUUUGUUUUGUUUCCUUAAAUGUGAACGCACGCAGAAACUCUCCUACACACUCACAUACACAAACACAGGCAAACACCUUCACACACACGCGCGCCCACCCACACACGCGUAAUAUACGAAGGAGCAAACAAAGACAGCUCGCAAAAAAAAAAAAGAAAAAAAAAAUCAAAAUAAAUAAAUUAAGCUGCAUCACAACGAGAGCGACCGCGAGAGCAAGAGACUCCAAUUGAGAGCGAAUUCGAAAAGUGCAAUAAUACGCGCGAGUGGCAAAGAGUGCGAGCUCAACCAGGCAGUGAUCGAGGGGCGCAUCGGCAGCGGGGGGCGGGCAGAGGCAGAGGCCGUGCGAGAUAGAAAGAAACUCAAACUCUAUGGGUCAAAAGGCAAGCACACCAGCGACCAGCGGCCAGCAGAGCCCCCGCUCCAGAACAUUCUCAAGCAGCUCAACGGGUGCCACUGCCACCGAGACAACGGUGCAGAGCUCAGCGGUUGGCGGCCGGAGCGGCGAUGCCGGUCAGGGUUUCAAUUUGCUGCGCACAUUGCCCGGUCUCCAGGUCUAUCAUCAUCAUCACAAUCAGCCGAACUCCACGUCCAUAGAUCGACAGCGUGCACGCAGCCUCAGCUCAGUGCCCGACAUUCAACAGCAGCAACAACAACAGCAGCAGCAGCAGCAACAACAGCAGCAACAGCAACAACAACAGCAGCAGCAACAGCAACAACUACAGCAGGGAUCCAGCACGUACCCGAACACACAUCCCGCCGUUUCAGUCUCUGUGUCAGCUAAUUCAAAUAGCAAUAGCUUCCAGGCGGCAGCCGGCAACAACAACAGUUCCGCGGCUGCCGCACAAAGCUAUAUGCAACAGCGACGCGCGUUUGGUGACUCAAUACGCGAUAUGUCGAUGACUGGCGCAAACAUCGUUGAGAGCAUUGCAUUGGCUGCAUCGGCAACAUCAGCGAAUGGCAUUGGCCGCGUUUAUACAGCAACAUCGCUUCCAUCGCACAUUUGGUCCUUCAAUGGUAUCAAAUGCCCUGUGUGCAAUAAGUUCGUGUUGCCAGACGAUAUUGAAUGCCAUUUAGUCAUGUGCCUAACAAAACCAAGACUCUCAUAUAACGAGGACACAUUGCUGGACGCCAAGGGUGAGUGCGUCAUUUGCCUUGAAGACUUGAGUCCAGGUGAUACAAUUGCUCGAUUGCCAUGUCUAUGCAUAUACCACAAAGGCUGCAUCGAUCGUUGGUUUGAGGUGAAUCGCUCCUGUCCUGAGCAUCCCGGAGAUUAGUAAAAAUCUCAUUAGGUUAGAAAGCAGAGGCCAACAUUGUAGAAAGAAAGAGAGAGAGAGAGGAGAGAGAACAUCAAUUGUUAACAGAAAAUGUAAAAUAAUGCAAAUGGAAAUCGAAACGGAAAUGGAAAUGGAUGUGCGAAGAGCAGAGGCUAAGAGAAACGAAAUUCGGAUCGAGCAAUCGAUCGUUAUGACCUACCGACCGACAGUUUAAGCAAAUCCACAAGCACUCACACACAUACACACGCA